AUGCUACUCCAUACUACUACUACCGCUACCAAUAAUACUUCACAACAACAACAACAAUUAUAUCAUCUCUUGUUGAAUCAAUUAUCACAACAACAACAACAACAACACACCAACACCAUACCAACAACACCACAAUCAUCACUCUCCUCACCGUCUCCUCCUACGAAAGCUGUAGUCGUAGGAACAUCAUCUCCAACAACAACAACCUCUUUCACUGCACUUCUCACGGGUAUUCCUUCUUCUUCAUCGACGACGACGACGACCACAAACACUGUUGUCCAAACGACGAACAAUAACACCACAAAUAAUAAUAAUAACGGCAAGAUAACACCAACUUCCAAUAAGAUCAUUAACAGCACAGGAACUCCCUCUACAAAUAGUACUACUAGUACUACCAACACUUCAUCAGCUUCCAACAUGAUGCCUCCUCCUACGCUUCAUCAUCAUCACGGAACCAACAUGUUUACACGUUCAUGCACUCCAACCACUCCAUCAUCUUCUUCUUCGAGGAUGACUCCAACGAAUCCAUCCCACUUAUCCACAACAACAACAAAUCCACCCAUUUCAAAUCCAUCCGUCUCUAUCAAUAAUAACAAUAUUAACAAUAACAAUAUUAACAAUAAUAUUAACAAUAAUAUUAACAAUACCAAUAAUAAUAAUAAUAUCAACAAUAAUAAUAUGAACAUGGUAUUGUCAUCCAAUCAUCCCAUAUCCAUGAAUUACAAUCAAAUCAUUACCACCAUUUUACAAAAUCCAUCCAGUGUAAAAUCCAUGAAUCCACUCCUCAUUCAACACUUGUUAAAACAAUUACACCAAAUCUCAUCAGUACAACAUCCAACAGUCACUAAAAUUAUUGCAUUGAUUCAAUCUCAAUUCAUGACCACCACCACCGCUGCUGCUGCUACAAGUGGUCAUAACUUUAAUACUGGAAUUUCAAAUGCAACCAACACCAGCAGCACCAGCACUACCAUCCCUCUCACCCCACCUCAUUCCGGAAACACAACGCACCAGCAGCAACACACUCCGAUCAACAAAAAUUGUAGUAGCAGUAGUAGUAGUGGUAGCGCAACAACUCUUCCACAUUCAACACCACCACCAACGACGACGACUACUUCUACGACGACGACGACGACUACCACCUCGAGUAGUUCUAUUCCUCCUUCGUCACUGCCUCCUCCUACGAACAUAUCCGAUUUGAAUUCAAAUAACAUACCCAUUCAGUUAAGGUCGACGACCCUCACAUCAUCCUCUCCAAGUAGUAGUAAUACAUUGAUGACACACCCAACAACCACAACCACACCUUCCGCUCCAACUACACCCACAUCAUCACUGGCAGUACAUUCCUUGUCUAGCCUGGGAUUGGCAACAACAACUGCUACUACUUCGAAUCUUAAUAGUACCUUUUCCACUUCCACUUGCCCUCCCAAUCUCACACAAGAAAUUAUGCUCUAUUUAAAUCAAAAACAAGACCAAUAUUGUACACACAGCUAUCGAUCUGGUGAUCAAUUUUUAUUCGAUCAAAAAUUAUACGAAUAUCAUGUGGAAUCGAUUGAGGAUUUGAUGUGUGUGGGUUUGAAUACACCAAUUAGCUAUUUCAAUAGGAAUGAAUCAAUGCAUGAUCAUACCGUACAACAGCUUUAUUCAAAACAAGUACAACCAUCUACAAAUUCCAACCAAACAUGGCAUCAUCCGACGAAUAAGGGAGCUCCCUUAAUUGGAAAUAAUAAUCCGACGAAUAAUAAUAGAUCAACACCACCUGCAACAUCAAAUACGACUAUGAAUACUCAAACCUCUUCAUCUAAUGGCUCAGCAUUUCAAAGAUAUAUGAGAGAAUCACUCACGGAUACCGUUCAAUACUAUCCAACUCGAAAUAUGGAUGGAAGUGUGAAAUCCUCAAAGGAAAGGUAA